AAUGCACAAUCUACAUCAAGAACUACUACUAGAAAAUGGCCUUAGAAAUUGAGAGAAAGUUUGUAAUUCAUGAAGACAGUGAGACCAAAUUAAUAAAGGCUGGAGCAGUAUUGAAAAAACAUGUAACCUUUACAGACGCGUAUUUCGAUACAAAUAAUUAUGACUUAUCUUUAGCUGAUACAUGGCUUAGAAAAAGGGAUGGGAAAUGGCAACUUAAAAUCCCCCCACGGGAACGUUGCACCAGCUUAACCUGCCAGUACAUGGAGCUAGAUUCUGACAUGGAAAUCGCUUCAUCUUUAUUGCACAAUUUUCCCAUUCUUGCCAACGGUUCUGAAACUGGUGCAACGAUGGUUGAAAUCAGCCAAUGUCUUUCUGAGUUUGCACGGUUUACUACACAUCGAACAAGUUACACAAUCCAUGAUUUCCAUGUGGAUUUUGACAGGACAGAUUUUGGAUUUGAAGUUGGUGAGAUAGAGCUUAUGAAUGAUGAUAUUCAAAGGGAUGACGGUGUUGGCCUACAUCUAAUGGUAGAAAAGGUAGACAAGUUUGCAUCAUCAAUAGAUUUUUCAACCUCAGAACGAGUUAUAGGUAAGGUGGAAGAGUUCUUGCAGAGAUUCAGACCAGAGCAUUAUGGAAAAUUGGUGGCAGCAAACAUCAUGGGCAACACAGUGUAGAGAUGCCUACACUAUUACUUUUUUUUUUUAAAUCAAAUAAUUUUUACAUAUUAUCAUGCUCAAUUAAACAGUUAUAUAACAGGGGCGGAUCCAGAAUUUUAAAAAUGGGGGAGCACAACUUCAGAAUAGGUAAGUGAGUAACACAGUACUGAUAUGCAUUGAAAUUUUUAAAAUGUUAAAACAGACGGGCAUGUGCCCCCCCCCCACCCUACUGGAUCCGUCCCUCAAAAUAAAGCUUUCUGCCAUUACAAGUUUGUUGACAAUUUCACAAAAUUUAUUUUAUUCGUAAAGUGAAUAAAGAUUUCCUAGAUUUUAUUUUUAGAAAGCCCUGCCCACUAGACUAUUAACAUUUUAUUUGACAAAAAACUGUUGUAUACAGUAGUCAUGAUGUUCCUAUACUGGCGCGGAUCAAGGAUUUGAAAGGGUGGGGUUCAAAAUGUUUAAAAAAAAAAAAAAUUAAAAAAGGGGACCUCCACCGGCAAAAUUUUGAUUCCUAGAUGGCCGGAAAUAAGCUUUCCCGACUUCUGGGGUGUUUUUUAAUGGCCUUUUUAAGUUCUUCAAUAAUCAAGGUCUUGGCACGAUUAGCUCCCGAUCCGGAUACUAGGGCUCUCGUGAGAACCAAGCCUUAAUAUUUUGCACUAUGGAGUAAAGUUUACUCCUUGAUUCUUCAGACUAAAGUCCUGUCCACACUAUCAAAUUUGAUUUGACAAAAAGAUGUGACAUACCUAAAUAUCAUCAUGAUAACAUCACAUCAUGACCAUAUAUAGGCACAUCAUGACCAUAUAUAGGCACAUCAUGACCAU